UGUAUUGAUGUGUGGAUACCAACAUUUAAAGGAGUUAAUUAUGAUGAAUAUUUAACUCUGUCUAUAUUAAAUGAAAUGAGAGAAAAAAUUAUCAACGGAACUCCACCUGAAUAUAGUAAUCUAUAUCAAGAUUAUUGGAAAUACGAAAUUGAUGAAUGUCCUGAUAUACAAAAAAUCGUUUCAACUCUUAAAACAAUUAUUUCUCUUGAACAUAUUGAAAUAUUUCAUGCAAAUCUUAUCUUUAUUGAAGAAGAUGAUUUGCAGAUAAGAAAGACAUCGAAGGAUUUCGAAUUAACUGAAGAUAUUAAUUUAUAUAAAUAUAUUGACGAAAAUUCAAAUUUAUAUAGCAAAUCUUCUUUUCGAACAAACAUAACGGAUUUUGACAAACAUUCAUUAAUUAAUUUAUCAAUAGAAGAUAAAUCUAGAUAUAAAUCAAAAGAUGAUGAAUUAGAGAAUUUGGAAAUAUCUGAUAAUGAUAGUCAAAGCAAUUCAAGUUUACAAAGUCAAAAAACAUUUCAAACAAAAAAAUUGGAUUUUAAAGAUAAAUUAUUAUUAAGUUCCAUUUUUGAA